GCUGCGCAGCGGCAAUAAGCGGCGUGGAGUCCGAGGUCCGCGUCAGCUGCGCAGCGCCCGUUACGCCUUCGUUUCCCAUCCGAGCGAUAUUAACGCGGAGAAAUGAACGGCAGAGACAGGGAGCUGAAGAUACACUUCACCCCCGGACAUGUAGAACUGUUACAGGAGAGCGUGGACGUGCCUUUCCGGCGAGUUCUGGUAACCGGGGCAACGGGAUUGCUCGGGCGGGUGGUCUGCAAAGAGUUCCAGAACAACCAAUGGCACGUUCUGGGGUCCGGUUACAGCCGAGCUCGACCCCGGUUCCUCAAGUGCAAUCUGAUGGACGAGGAUGCUGUGCGAGAGGUUAUUCAUGAAUUUCAGCCACAUGUGAUCGUUCACUGCGCCGCAGAACGGAGGCCAGAUGUUGUCGAGCGGCACACAGAGGCGGCCAUGAACCUAAACAUUCACGCGUCUGCGACGCUGGCGAAGGAGUCGGCCGGUAUGUUCCUCAUAUACAUCAGCACGGACUAUGUGUUUGAUGGCCGCAACCCCCCCUACGGGGAGAACGACGCCCCCAAUCCCUUGAAUUUGUACGGCAAGUCCAAGCUGGAGGGUGAACGCGAAGUCCUGAACCACAACCCAGGUGCAGCAGUGCUGCGGGUUCCCAUCCUGUACGGAGAGGUGGAGCGAGUGGACGAGAGCGCAGUGACGGUUCUGUGGGACCGUGUGCAGCAGGGCGCCGAGAGCUGCACAGUGGACCACUGCCAGCAGCGAUUCCCCACCUACGUCAACGACGUAGCGCGUGUCUGCCGGCUCAUGGCCGAGCGGAGGCUACAAGACCCCUCCCUCCGAGGGAUAUUCCACUACUCAGGCAAUGAGCAAAUGACUAAGUAUGAGAUGGCCUGUGCGAUUGCAGACGCGUUCAACCUGCCCAGCAGUCACCUGAUACCGCUGACGGAGCAGCCUGCAGGGGAAGGCGCCCAGCGACCCCACAACGCCCAGCUGGAGUGCUCGCGGCUUGAGUCGCUGGGGCUGGGGGUGGAGCCGACGCCAUUCAAGGUGGCCGUGCGCGACAGUCUCUGGCCCUUCCUGUACGACAAGCGCUGGCGCCAAACCGUCUUCCACUGACGGGCCAGCCAGCGGCGGUGGCGACAAAGCACAUCCUCAGGACCACAGCGGCGAGACUCACCCUCACGCCGGUGGCAUCCGAUCCCCGGUUUCCUCGAAAGUGUUCAGCUCCUACUUUCUUCCUCUUUCAUUUCAAUGAGCAAAUCAGUUGUGAUUUGUGUGAAUUUGUCAACUUUUUUAUUAUUAUUAUUAUUUUUUUUUUUUGCAUCGUUGGCUCUAGCUACUACUGAACCUCCUCAGUUUCCACAUGGGCCUGGACUGAGAGGCGGCCUCGUUUCUCCUCAGUGGGUAGAAUUACGUUGUGUUUUCUGUGCCCCGAGUGCAUCUGAGGCAGCGACGUGGUCGUGUGCGUAAAGAUCAGCCGACAGCUGCUGAGACACUUGCUGUUCGUUGUUGGCAGAGAAGCUAGUUGUGCUGUGCUGCACACGUUCAGUGACACCAACAUGUCAGUCGCACUGGAAGAAUAAAGCACAAACUUCCAAGAUGCGUUAUGCUGUUUGAGAUGCAGGAAUUACAGUUUCGACAGUGCCAGUGUUCUGGAAAUCGGUGUGAAUUAGCUACCAGCUGUGUAAGGCGGAGAGAAAUUGUCACUCUAGUAAGCGUGAUUAGCGUCAAUCAUAAUUAAUCAUUAAUAACGGCUUAUUAUCCAGACUGCAGAUGUUUCUGAUUGAUUGCACAAGUUACUGAAAUCGUGCCUGGAAGCUUUACAAAACACAUCUUCGUAUUUGACUGAGCUGGACCCCAGACGGUUCACUGAGGCUCCCGAGAAAUCUGGCGUGAAAUGAGCUGUUGUAUCGUAAUCCGAGGUCAUUGCUGAUAGGAGUUGAGCGGAAAGAAUGUGUUUGAUCAGUAUUUUUAAGGUGACUGUAAGAAGAAUGUAUGGUACAGUGAAAUAAUCCUUGACUGUUUUUGGUGUUCGUGCAACAUGCUUUGUCUUGUUUGUGCGAAUAGAAAACUGUUAUUUUUUUACUUCUGAAAACACUGGUGAAAAUACAUGUAAAACACGUAUCUGAAAUGAACCUGUACUUAAAUCUGUAUUCUGUUAAGCCACUGCAGUGAAAAAUCAGUAUACUUGGCUGACAAAAUUCAACCAGUGUAUCGUAUGGGGAUUUUUCUGUUGGAAUCCGCUUGUAAUUGUUUCUUCAUUAAAUAUUCUUCCAAACA